GGUACAACGGCGACAAGGUGCGUGCAGCCGUCCCAAUAAUCGACAACUUGGGAGAGCGGCAAGCAAGGUCCAGCGCAGCGACCCAUAGGCAUAGUUAUUGUAUUCGUUUACAGCGAUCUUUCGCUGAGAUGGAAUAGGUCCGGAUUCGAUUAGGCUCGGUUUGAAUUACCCUCUUCCAGGCCUGACGCGUCGCCCGCACGAAAAAGCACUUGCAUUGGAAACAAACUUCUUUUGUAGCGUCUGUCUGCAGCAAUCACUGUAGCUCACGCGUUUGUGGCACACGCAUUUGUAGCACGCGCAUCCACACAUCUGUAUCCCGUGGAACGAUAGCCAGACAUAGAAGCGCAAGGCCCAUCAGCAAGCAUCUGUGCCCACGUGAAACGAUAGCCCUCAAGGCCCAAGGCGCAAGGCCCAAGGCGCAAGGCCCAAGGCGCAAGGCCCACGGCGCAAAACCAUCAGCAAGCAUCUGGACCCACGUGAAACGAUAGCCCCGCAUGAGUCGCGCGGUGCCGAUCAGCGCGCGAGGCGGCGGCAGCAGUGGCGCGUUCGGCGCGAAUCGCGUGGUGGUGCUGUUCACCGUGUCACUGCUGCUCGUGGCGUCCGCCGCCGGCUCCUUCUUCGCCUUCUGCCCCGCGUCGUCCCGCUCCAUCGACGAAACCAAGCACCAGCGGCAGCUGCAGCAGGAGCAGGAAGAGGGGGUAACAGGCAACCUGAGCGCGAGUCAAUCUAGUCAACGGGGUCAACAGCAGGUCAACGGAGGGCAGACAGGGGCAGCAGGCGAAGGGGAAGGGGCAGGGGGAGAAGGAGGAGCGGGAGGAGCAACAGGGCCAGGGGAGCAAGAGGAGGCGGAUGAGAAUCUGUCCUCUGGAGCAGCAGCGAAGUGCCCCCCAUCUGAGACCAUUCUCAAGCAUAGCUUGUGGCACGCCAGCGGCCGUUACUUUCAUUCAAUGGGCGUCUUCCCUCUCUGCUCCAUGGAUGCGUGCUUCAACUACUCGCGCUGCCCCACUUCCCCCUCUCAAGAACCCCUAGUCUACUCCUACUGGCCCGGGCAGCACUACUUUAAAGACUUCAAUAAGACCAAGUGGUACACGGACGACCCCGCCAAGGCAUGUUUCUUCUUUGUGCACGUGGCGAGGGGGCACCCGAACGAGUUUGCAGAUCUGGAGCACUGGGGCGAGACUGGAGCCAACCAUGUGCUUAUAAGCUUCUCAGACUCCUGGAGUGGCCCAUCCCCAUUUGGGGUUGCCUCAGCAAUGGUUAUGGUAACCAACGCACAGGCAACGCUUAUGAGAACGGAUUUCGACACUUCCAUCCCGCUGCCUCAAAUGUGGAAAAACCCGCCCGUUGAGCUGCGGAACCUGCCUGCCGGAUCUGCCCGGAAAUAUUUCCUGACCUUCAGAGGCACACGGUACCUGGGGAAUUUGAAGGGCAAUUUCCGGAGUGCCCCGGAGUUUAAAGCCUUGCACAAUGGCAAGGAUGUGGUUGUGCUGACAAGAUGCGGUGGGUCCACCAACGCACGCAUCCUCUCAGAGGAACCUUCCUUGAAGCCGGAGUGUGACGAGGACGCGAAACUGUACACUCAGUAUGACUUUGCUGACGUCAUGAACACCACUUUCACUCUUGCUCCCGCCGGCAGGCAAGGCUCUACCUACAGGUUCCUUGAGGCCUUGACAGUGGGUGCGAUCCCAGUGGUGGUGGCUGACAACUGGCGGCUACCGUUCGACGACAUCAUAUCGUGGCAUCACUGCCUGCUGCGCUUCCCCACUGACCAGAUGCACCGAAUCUUGCCGACCCUUAGAGCCAUGGACGAGCCUACCAUACAGCGGCGGCAGCAGGAGUGCCUAAGGAUAUACGACAAGUACCUCUCCUCUGACGAGGCCCUCCUCGAGUCCGUCAUGCUUUCACUAAAAGCACACAUGGGUGUCGUCAUGCGCAGGCGUCGAAGAUAGUGUAGACAAUACUGUCAACAUAUAUUUUGUGUAUGUUUUAGGCUAGAUAGGUGCAUGCUCAUAGAGAGUACAACACCUUAGGUUAUAUUUCCUUGUACCUCAUCGUUCUAGUCAAUCUAUUA